AUGCACACUGGAGACGAAUCGUACAAUUCUGAAGUCUGUGAAAAAUCCUUAAAUUUGUGUUCCAGCAUUACUCAAGUUCAGGGACUCUAUGCUGCAAAGGAACAGGAUACCCAGGGAGAAUAUCAUGAACGUCUUGACACUACAUAUAAUAUUUUGCAACAACGAAACUACACUGGACAGAAACGAUACCAGUGUUGGAAAUGCAGGAAAUCCUUCAGUAGUUCCUCAUAUCUCACUGUGCAUCAGAGAAUUCACACAGGAGAGAAGCCUUACACAUGUAAAGACUGCAACAAAUCCUUUACUGGGAAGUCAAGUCUUAAAAUACAUGAGAGAAUUCAUACUGGAGAGAAGCCCUACAAAUGUAAGUACUGUGACAAAUCCUUCACCUCAUUGCCAAAUGUUACAGUGCAUCAGAGAAUACAUACAGGAGAGAAGCCUUACAUGUGUAAGGACUGUAACAGAUCCUUUGCUGUAAGAACAACUCUUAUAGAUCAUCAAAGAAUUCACACAGGAGAAAAGCCUUACACAUGUAAGGACUGUAACAGAUGCUUUGCUGCAAGGACAACUCUUAUAGAUCAUCAAAGAAUUCACACAGGAGAAAAGCCUUACACAUGUAGUUACUGUCAUAAAUCCUUUACUGUGAAGUCAACUCUUACAGCGCAUCAGAGAAUCCAUACUGGAGAGAAGCCUUACAAAUGCCAGGACUGUGGCAAAUCAUUUGCAACACGCGCACAUCUUCGAAGUCAUCAGAAAACUUAUACUGGAGAGAAUUCUUAUAUUUGUGGGGAUUGUGGCAAAUCUUUUCCUGCAUGCUUAUUUCUUGGGACACAGAAAGAAAUCCAUGCAGGAGAGAAGCCUUACAAAUGCCAGGAAUGUGGCAAAUUGUUGGCAAUCUGCAAAUAUCUUAGAGGAAAUCAGAAAAUUCAUACUGGGGAGAAAUCUUAUAAAUGUGGGAAAUGUGGCAAAUCUUUUACUACAUGCUCAUAUCUUAGAAUACAUCAGAAAAUCCAUACAGGAGAGAAGCCUUACAAAUGCCAGGAAUGUGGCAAAUCAUUUACAACAUGCAAAUAUCUUAGAAAACAUCAGAAAAUUCAUACUUUUGAGAAAUCUUAUACAUGCGAGGAAUGUAGCAAAUCUUUUACUACAUGCUCAUAUCUUAGAAGCCAUCAGAGAAUCCAUACGGGAGAGAAACCUUACAAAUGUAGAGAAUGUGACAUGUCCUUUGUCCACAGUUCAAAUCUUAGAAGACAUAAGAAAAUCCAUACUAGAAAGAAACAGUAA